AUGUGUGUGUAUGUGUGAGUGCGUGCUACGGCUGCUGCGCUUGUCACUCAUUGUGCCACGAACACGGGUAGCGACAAGGACCAAAAUUCCGUCCGGCAGCAGUUGUUGUCACUGGAAAGGCUGAUAUCUUGUUUCCCCCCCUCAGUAGAGACACCUCGCUUGUUUUAAAGUACGGCUGCACAUCAAGGAGAAUAUCUGUGACACAUUACAAUGUUUCAAGUAAGGGACAUCAUCUGGGGAUUGCUAUUCAUUGGCUGUGCAGCCACCAUCCAGGUGGAAAUCACUCCAACACAAGGAGAGAUCAGUGUGGGAGAGUCCAAGUUUUUUCUUUGCGAAGUGUUGGGAGAUGCUAAAGACAUAGACUGGUACGCCCCCAGUGGGGAGAAGAUCCUUCCCAACAGGCAAGACAUUUUUGUGAGCCGCACCGAUGACACCAUAUCGACCCUCACUAUAUACCACGCAAACGUGGACAGUGCCGGUAUCUACAAGUGUGUGGCAAAGAACGGGGACAAGGAGGCCCAGGCCACAGUCCAAGUGAAGAUCUUCCAAAAGAUAACCUUCCAGAGUGCCCCCAGCCCGCAGGAGUUCAAUGAAGGUGAUGAUGCUGAUAUAGUCUGCGAUGUGGUCAGUUCACCACCACCCACCAUCAUUUGGAAACAUAAGGGCUCCAAGAUCCAGGUUUCUAAAGAUGUGCGAUUCAAGAUCAUGGAUAAUGGCCACCUGCAGAUCCGCAGUAUGAAGAAGACCGAUGAGGGCAUGUACAACUGUGAGGCUCGUGUCAUGGCCAGGGGAGAAAUUGACUUCAGGAUGAUCAAGGUUAUUGUUAAUGUGCUGCCCACCAUCCGUGCCAGGCAGUCAGAUGUCAACGCUACAGCAGACAUCCGUAGCUCUGCUUUAUUGGCCUGUGAUGCAGACGGCUUUCCUGAGCCCACUGUCACCUGGGCGCAUAACAACAUCGUCCUUGAAACGGGUGAUAAGUACAGCCUGAACGAGGAUGGUUCAGAAUUGAUAAUAAAAGAUGUCAAGAAAGUGGAUGAAGGAGAUUACACUUGCAUUGCCAAGAACAAGGCAGGAGAGAAAGCCGAGGAAGUCAGCCUGAACGUGUUUGUGCAACCCAAGAUUACCUACCUGAAUAACCAGACUGCCUCAGAGUUUGAUGAGCAAGUCACCCUCACCUGUGAGGCCUCAGGCGAUCCCACACCCACCAUCUCUUGGAGUUUUGAAAAAAGGGUAUUCACUGAAGGAGAGCAGAGCCUUGAUAGAAAUAUUGUGGUACGCAGCCAUGCACGGGUGUCCUCUCUCACACUGAAAAACGUCCAGUUCACGUAUGCCGGCCAGUAUCUCUGCACCGCCAGCAACUCCAUCGGUCAGGACAAGCAGCACAUGCACCUGGAAGUCCGCUAUGCUCCAAAAAUCCUGGGUCAAGUGACAGUGUACACAUGGGAGGGAAACCCGGCCAACAUCAGCUGUGAGGUGGAGGCUCACCCCAGAGCCUCAGUGGUUUGGUUCAGAGAUGGCCUCCAGCUGCCCUCUGCCAACACUACCAACAUGAAGAUCUACAACACACCAGCCAUCAGCUACCUGGAGAUUACACCCGAUUCUCAGAAUGACUUUGGGAGCUACAACUGCACAGCGACCAAUGUAAUGGGCACUGAGUCCAAGGAGUUUCUUCUCAUCCAAGCAGAGGUGCCAUCAGUGCCAGAAAUUCAACAAGUAGAACCUUUCUCCAGCACAGCAGAGUUAGAGUUUGAGGAGCCUGACUCCAUUGGUGGAGUGCCCAUUAUCAAAUACAGAGUGGAAUGGCGUUUGCCAGGCCAGGAUUGGAUCAGCAGGGAAUACGAUGCUAAGGACGACCUGACCAAGAUCAUCAUUUCUGGCCUGAAGCCAGAGACCACCUAUGAGGUCAAGAUGUCUGCCAUCAAUGGUAAAGGCGAAGGCGAGAGCAGCCCAACCAGCACUUUCAAGACUCAGCCAGUCCGGUAUUCUUUCACAAUUUCAUCAGAGAUACCACCCCCUAUCGCUGCCACCAGUAUGGCUCUUAAAGGGGAACCCAGUGCCCCCAGACUAGAAGUCAACGUCCAAAACAGGGGCAAUAUUUUUAAGGUCAACUGGAUCAAGCAGGACGAUGGCGGUUCCCCCAUUAAACAUUACCUGAUCAGAUACAAGGCUAAACACGUAUCUGACUGGAAACCAGAGAUCCGCCUUCCCCAUGGCAGUGAGUAUGUGGUGCUAAGCGGCCUGGACUGGAAUACAGAGUAUGAGGUUCACGUUGUGGCAGAGAAUCAGCGGGGCAAGUCGGAGCCUGGCAUCCUCUCCUUCAGAACAGCUACAGAGCCCACUACCAUCCCAGAUGCCAUGGACGGUGGCUCAGGCCUGGGCACCGGAGCCAUCGUAGGCAUCCUCAUUGUUGUCUUUUUCCUGCUGUUGGUGGGCGUGGACGUCACCUGCUACUUCCUCAACAAGUGUGGACUCCUCAUGUGCAUUGCUGUUAACUUCUGUGGGAAGGCUGGGCCAGGUGCUAAGAACAAGGACAUAGAGGAGGGCAAGGCAGCAUUCACGAAAGAUGACUCUAAGGAGCCCAUUGUUGAGGUGAGAACGGAGGAAGGACACACCCCAAACCAAGAAGGAGGGCCUCCCACUGAGCCCAAUGAGACCACCCCUUUGACAGAACCUGAGCCCGCUGCUGCAGACACCACCUCCACGGUGGUAAACUUUCUCCCCUCCACUGCCACUAACUCAGUUGCUGAGAGCUUUAGCACGGCGCAGAGCAGUCCUGCUAGUGAGAGCACCACGCUAACCACCAGCGCUUCAAGCCCAACCAAAGCUGCCCCUGCCAAGUCCUCCCCCAAAAACUGCCCUGCUGCCCAGUCCAGUUCGCUUAAAGCUAACACCCAACCUGAUGUUGGGCCCCUGGUCGACCUGAGCGACACCCCUAAAGUUACCCCCUCAUCCAACCCAACGCCCCUUGUCUCAGAGCCCGUCAGCCCACCCUCUGCUAAUGCCGACGGGCUACAGAGCCAGCGUGACCCAGUCAAAGCCCCUGACAGCACCCAGAAUAAGGACUUACAAGUAGACGGCCCGACCAAGGAAGUGCCCAAUACCCUGUGCACAGACUCAACCACACCAGCCCAAAAUGAUGGUAAGACUGUGAAGGAUGAUAACACUAAAGGCGAGACGGAGGUGAAGAACGCCACAGCCGAGGUGAAGACAAUUCCCAACGAGGCUCCUCAGACGAAUGGCAACGAAAGUAAAGCGUAAUCUCCUUGCCCAAGAGCAGCGGGAAGAAGAGUGUGGUUGGGGUAGGGAGGGUUGUUGGGUGUGGGUUUUUCAAGGUGGGGGGUUGUGGGGGGUCACAGUCACUGAAACCUCAAAGCAAUGUCACACAGCACCCCAUUGCAUCAGAGAAAAAACAACAAAUGCAACAGAAAAGCUAAAAAAUAAAAAAAAAGAGAAAUGAUAGGUCUCUUUCUACAGUGUCUUCUGACCAGGAAAAUGUAAAGACCUCAUGCACAUGCCUUAGUCCACAGAAAAAAGCAAAAUGCAUACUUGUAUUUCACCCUCUCUCUUGUAUGUAAUAUUAAAUCAACUGUUAAAUACGGAACAGAAUCUAAACUAUUUUACUCUAGAUAACCAUGGUUGGACUGUAGCUUUACUUCACAGAUUACUGCCCUCAUUAUAUACACACAUAAGACUGGUAGAGUACAUUACCAAUACUACUUUAUGCAGUAUGGUCACCAUUGUGGUAAUGGAUUAUGGGUCUUUUUUCCUUUGUCGAUAUUUUGUUGUGUUUAAAUAAUGUCCAGACUAUUUAGCUUUUUUUAAUGUGUUAUUUCCAGGGCUAGAGAUAGAUCAUUAGCAUGCCUGUUUUUUGCAAAGUUACUGUAUUUCUGUACAUGUGUGCUGUCAUUUGGUUCCUCCUUUUUAGAUGUUUUUUUUCUUUCUUGAAUGGUGUCUUCAUAUGGUUCAGGUCCAGAAAUAAUUUAGCCCAAGCUAUGAGAAAUGUAAGAAGACACCGGGGAAAUAUUUUUCAUGCUAUUAAAGUGAAGGUUCAGGGGUUUCAACCAUGUCUCCCUUAAAAUUAUGUUUAUGCAGUACGUACAUGUAUAUUGGUAAAUGGUUUUGCCUAUACAUUAUGAUAAAAACAGAACUGUUGUAAUGAUAAUGUGAACUGUUUUUUGUUUUUUCAGUCAGCAAAGUGCUACAUUUUUGUUCCAUACGGAAUUAGUAGGCAGGUGAUUGGGAUGAAUGGAGGGCGCACAAAGUCCCCCGUGCAGUUUGUUUAAGGCAACUACAAUAAGUUGUAAUGAACUGGAAUUAAAACAUUGUGGUUUUGGUUAAAUAUUGAAAGUAAACCCAUCCACUCUCACACCACCAUUGACUUUUUAAUAUUUUAUCAAGAUGAUGAUUUUCCCUAACCCUUAAACAAGUGCUUUGUGUUGUAUAAACAUAACCAUAAAAACGUCUGUCAUGCUUUAGUUGCCACAGGUGAAUGUUGUCAGGGGAAAAAAACAUUGUGAUUUUUUUGCAUUCAUUAUGAACAUUUUGUUACUUUGCAGAUACGUUCAUUAAAAACCUUUACUCAUUAUGUUGAUAAUAAUCAUAAUCUGGAUGACAUUAAGUUUCUUUCAAAACGUAUUUGCUGUAGCUGUAUAUAAACAGAAUUUUUGGGAGAUGGCUGGGUUGGGUUUAGGGUAAGGAAAUGGUCACAUAGAAGAUUAUAGCUGUGUUCCUUUUCAGGGGCCACAUCCCUCAAAAUCCAAUUUGAUUUCAAGACUGAAUACAUCUUAACAGCUUAACUGAGGUGUCCCACUCCAAAGGAUAAUUUUGCCUGAAUUUGAUGCUUCUACUUGGGUGUCCUUUGUAUACUUAUCUGUUCUAAAACACCAAUCAAUUGUUCAUACUGCUUUCAGUCCUCAUUAACUCGUUAAGUCAGAAAAUGAUCUUUACCAAAUAAACCUGGUGUAUUCACAUGAUCACUGGUAAAGAUACUGUAUAAGCUGGACCAAUGAAAAAGGAUUCUACAUGGAAACCAGGCUGAACGUCCACUGUUACUUCUUGGAAGUAGACAUGUAGUGAAAGUAUAUUAAGUUAUAUGGAUAGAAUUAUCAUUAAUGGUACACUGUUGACACCAGUUAUCCAUUGUGUCUUGAAACACAAUGGUAGAACUUUGCCUGAACUAUGUACUAUCUGGGGCUGUUGAGGGCAUAUUCUUACUGGUCAUUUUUUUACCUUACGAGUUGAUGAGGACAUGCCAUUAGUUUUGGUCUCUGUGAAGCUGGGAAUGGGAACUAGAAAUUAUGCUAUGGUGAAUUCUCUGUAAACCGUCUCAUCUCUGGAGCCCGCUAGCUUUCGUUUCAGUCCCUCGUAAAUCAUGUUCUUCGAAGGAGGUGGCACCUGUAAUGAGACACAGCUUAUGUGUGUGUUGUUAAUAUUGUCAUUUGAUUUUCUUUAUCGUUGUCGCUUUCUCUCUCAUAUGCAUACACCUUGCCUUUUCCAGAGGUCUCCUUUGAGCAUUUCGGACCAAUUCUUUACCUGACAGAUUGGGCUUAACAGUGACACAAAAGGCCAAACGUGUUCUGUGAAAACAGUUUCCAUCAGCAGGUUUGGACUGAGAAGUAGACGUUUCUGUUGAAUGAAAACAAGCCCUUGGAUGCUUAUUGGCCAAACUUGUUGAAUUCUUGACACACCAGUUUCCACUUUCUAACAUUGGUCUCGAAUAUCACCUUCUGUUUCCUUGGGGUUAACCAUCCCUAGCUUCUUCUUUGGUUCAUAACCAUUGUUGCCUUCUCUGUGUUAAACACUCUUCUUCACUGCUUAUAACUGAUUGGUCUGAGGGUUCAGCUUGCUGAUAUUUCUACACCUCUGAGUGACCAAACAUUUGAUUCCCUCAGCCAUCGUCUUCUUUCACCACACCUGUUGUCAGUGUGAGUAUGUGUCACCUCUGCUUCCACCAUCUUGCUGUUAAGGUUUUAAUUAGUUGUAGUGAUGUAACAUGUAUUGUAGGUUUAGUCCAGUUGACCACUUUACUCAAAGUUCACUUCUUAGCACAAGGUUGAAAUGGAAAUUUUCUGGACAAUGUCUGGAAAGUAUGAAAUUAACCACAGUUGGCCUAGGAAUUUUGUCUUUAUCUGUUAUGCCUGGUCAGAUGUUGGAGGCUCUCUAAAAACAGGAAACUCAGAUUUGUUUAGUUAAAUAAAUAAUACAAAGCCACAAAGAGAACUCAUAUUGUAAAGUGCCGUGUUAAACAGUUGCUUGGUCGAGUUUGACAAAAGAGUACUACACAGAUUUCCUUGGGCAGUUUGGCCCAUAGGUCAGUUUACCCAGUAUCUGAGAGGACUGAUUACACGAUCAUUAUCUGUGUCUCCAAUAAUUAUAUCUGUUCAGUGUGUAUGUUUAUACCCACAGACAGCUAGCAGUAUACUAAAUAAGUAACUGAAUACAGCAUGUUAGGCAGCUUAGAUCUGGAGUGUAUUUAAUUUCCGGUAAAUAAUUUUAAUGCUGAAACAACACUCAAUACAGCUACAACCAUGAAAGCAGGAAACUGCAUUUAGUUUUGCCUGUGGCAGUGAUUAGCAUCCUUGCUAUGUUUGGUAGGGCUAGUCUAAUCUAAGAACAUUAGCUAAUUUUCAUACAGACAUCACCAGUCUAGACCAUCAAGGAGUUUUAACGGCAUUGUUAAAAAGGCAAUAUAAUGAACAUUUAGUGAAAAAUAUUUCUCUUUAUGAUUGCUAUUCCAAGUCAGCUUUAGAUGGCUAACUAGCAAAAACAGCCAUAACACACCAUAAGCAGUAAGCAGUUUAUUUCUUUCAGUAGAGGAAGCUAGUGCUGGUCCUGCUCUGAUCAGUUCAAUCAUUUUUGAGCACAUGCUGAUGUUGCCUACCAACAACUGUGAUCUCAAUAUCACUUUCACCAGCACCAAACUAUCUCCGUCCAGCCAUGACCAGUUAUAGACCAGCUCAGACCAACCUGCUCAAAGCACCUUUACCUUUUUGUACUCUUAGUUUGUAAUGGACAUUAAUUAGUGAUGAAGAUCAAGAUUUUGAAUAAUGUCACUUUGUUAUUGUUAUUUAGCAUACUACAUGCUAACAUUUUAGCAUGCACACUGGACAGAAAUACCCAGAUGGAGGUGAUCCUCAUCACAUAUUUGGCAAGAUAACCAAUGAGUUUACUACCAAAUGCAGACUGGCCCCUUCAAAAUAAGUAAAAAGUCCAAGCAGUCACAGGUCCUAAAGAUUCCCAUUGAAAACUGUGCUGAGUCGCAUAGUCUUACUUUGAAAUCUGGCUUAAAUUGAGAGACUAUUACUAUCUGUAAAUGAAUGUACACACUCAUCCCAUUAAGCAUAGCAUUUCAGUGGUCCUUUUAUGCAACAAAACUGACUAGAGAAGAAAUGUGGCCUCUUUUAAGUAACCAGAAAGGAAAUUGGUCUGUGGUGUUUAAAGUCCUCUUUUUAUGCAUAGAAAAUAAAUGAAAGGAUUUCAGAAUGUUCUCAACCCAUAGUACCCUGCUGUGGAUUUGGAAGGUUUCGCCAUCUUUUUUUGUACAGUGUUCCUCCUACUUUAGACUGCAAGCUAGUACACUGUGAAUGUGUGAAUCCAUUGUGUCCUUUUGUCAUAGAAUUGAGCAAAUAGUUUGAUUGUGAAAAGAUGUAGCUGAUGUACCAAUGUACAGAAGUAUGACAGCAGCAAACUGGAAAGACACAGUGCCUUUGUAUAAGAAAAUGGUGGCAUGCAUUCCAUUCCUCUCAGUGUCUGUCCAUUAAAAGUUUCACAUCUCCAUC